UGUUCUUUUAUUUUUCUUUCCAGUCCGGCUCCGCUCCGCCAGAGUUUUAAACACAGGAGAAUGGAAUACAAGCUGAUCAUGGCGGUCUCUGGCUUCCCGAGUCUCUACGACAUGAACUCCCCGACCUAUCGGGACCUGAACAUGCGGAGCGACGCGUGGCGGCAGGUGGCGGAGAUCGUCGGAGUCCCCGAGUCGGAGUGCAGAAGGAAGUGGAAGACGCUGAGAGACCAGCACAGGAGGGAGAGGCAGCGUGAGAAGGAGCGGCGCGAGAGCGGCAUCGGGCUCUUUAACUACCGGCCAUGGAGAUACUCGUCUAUCCUGUCGUUCCUUAAUCCGUUCAUCGAUGCCCGGGCAGCCGGCACCAAUGGCUGGGCCCUGGACCCACAGCCCUCUCAGGUCCAGGUGGCCGAAAUGGUCGGCUGCAGUACGACCACGGAGACGCGGAGCGACGACGACGAGAGCUACGGGUUCGCCGUAGCUGACGCGACCACGACGACAUCCUCGUCCUCAUCCUCAGAGUUCCCGCAGAGGAAGCGGCCGCCCUCCGUCGGCUUGGACCCGUCCAGGCCCAAAGAAGCGAAGGUUGAGGUGAACUCAGGCGCCACAGCCACUAACGAUGGCCUGCAGACGCAGCAGCACGCCAACAUGAAGGAGCUGUUUGAGAUGAUGAUGCACUCGGUGACAUCUCUUGCUACGACCUUAGCUUCAUCACACUCUUCCUCACAGACCCCUCUUCUGCAGCAGGAUCCGCAGAGUCAUCAUCGCAGCCCGCCGCUGUCCUGGACCGUGACGCGGCUGAACCAGCUGAAGACAGAGGAGCCGGAAGGCGACGUGGACGAGCUGCUCGUCCAAACGGACGAUGAGGAGGAGGUGGAGGAAGAGUGCCGCCCCGCUUCUCCCAGGCCGCUCCGACCAAAGAGGAAGAACGUCGACGGCCUGCUGGAGGAAUUCCUGAGGAAGACGGAAGCCAGGGAUGCGCAGAGGGAGCGUGACAUGGAGCAGAGGGACGACGUGACGCUGUUCCUGCUGAGCCUGGCUCCGGCUAUGAGGAGGCUGACAGCAGAGAAACAGUCAUGGGUCCGAACCAAGAUGCAGCAGUUUCUGCACGAGGCCGAGUUUGGCGCCACAAAGUUCCAGUGAGCCCACGAACGUUUUGAUGGAAGCUCAUUCAAAGGGGAAGGACUGAAUCCUCCCUGCAGACUCCACACGUGCCGACUCUUCUUACAGGUGAUUCAGGUAGCUCCAGAUUUGAUGGUCUGUCCCUGACCGAUGACUCCAGAUCCUGGGUUUCUGUUUUCAUCGAUGACUAAACUGAUGUCUGCACAAAGCAGGACUUCGGGCACAUCGGGGUCACUGCAGGGUUAACGCCACGCUUCAGUGUUGAUGUCUGAUUACUUAAUGGGAACUUAAACUUCUGCACAGAGGACUCUGUGCACGUGCACAUCCGUGUUCAGCAGCAGGAGACUUUCUAAAGUUUAGAUUUCUCACAAGAAUCUGUCCAGAAACAGUUUUUCAUGACCGACUUUAUUCCUGCAAGAUGGCCGUCUGCAGAUGUAAAACAGCUUCAUCGGCUUGUAACUGUCAAAGUGGUGAUUUGAUGCUAAAGUGUCUAAAAUUUGAACCUUUGUAGAUGAAGCCUACAUCUGAAUACAGAGUAUUUAUUCUGUCGUCUUUCUCAGACGGUCAAACAGCUCAGCCGAGGACAGUAAGCAGACGCCUGUUCUCUGACGGUCUGCGUUUGUCCAGCUGUCAGUUGAUCACAGAGCUAAGAUGAGUCUGUGAUCGAGCACCGUCGGCGUUCAUACUCACUAAAGCAUUCAGAGCACACACUUUAAUACUUCACUACUGUACAGCACGCUGUUACACACACACACACACAGACAUGAACGGGAGCAGCUUGUAUCAUGCGUAGCAAAUUAAUUACUGUGUUGUUAAGUUUGUGGUCCAAAAGUGUCACACGCUACGUCAGGGCGGGUGGUGCACUCCAGCAGUGCAGACACACUUUUCCUCCUCUUCUCUGUCCCUGACCAAAAUACUUCUUUACCUGACGUGAACAAGGAUCUUUUAUGACUUUUGAAUGAAGCGAAGCUCAAACAGAGACGUGUUGGUUCACGUUCCUCUGAGAUCAUCUCAGACUGUUAACACCACUCAAUGUAUUUUAUGUACUUUUAUUUUGAAAGGCCGGUCACACUGAGACCAAAGUGUGAUCUUUGCUUUACUGAUGUUGACCUCUCCUCUGAAUCAGGAAUUCAGUGAUGAUCAAUGAAAUUGUAAAUAAUAUUUGUACCUGUUACCGGUAACCAGUUGCAGCUUUCUCCUGGUUUCCAUGGUGACGCAGUAUUUAUGGAGCUGUGGUUGCAAUCAAAGCUUCCUCCUGGCUGUGAGAGUGUGAGGCCACAGCGUCUUUGGUUAUGUGUUCUGAGCUGAAUGCUCCAUGUGUGAUGCAGAAAAGCACAUUUUGUAUUACAGAAAAGUUUCUGUCUGUAUUUCUAAACAAUCAUAAGAGCGUGAUUUUUCCCACAUAGCAUUGAACGCUUCAGCGAAGGAUUCCUUACACUCUGGUUUGUGUUCACUACUCUCCCAUGUUAUUCAGUCCUGAGUUGGAACAUUUUUUUAUGUUUCAGAAUCCUGCAGCUGAUUUUAUUUUUCUUUGUUUGUGCUGUUUUUGUUUUUUGUUUAAAAUAAAA